AUGUACUAUCAAUGCAAAAAUAAAAUUCAAAGUGUAUAAUUUUCCAACUCUUCAGAUAAUAAAACUGUUUUUUUCUUUUUUUAUAUAUAUAUAUAUAGGAAAUAAGAGUAUGCAAAGCCAAAUGAAAGAAAAGGUUCUUGUUAUGAAACAGACCAUACACGAAUUAGAUAUGUCGCAAACAGAUAUAUUAAACAGAAUGACAUCAAAUAGCACGAGUAGUACUUCAAUACAAGGUGUUGCCUCAAAAGAAAUAUUACAAUUGGAAGAACACGUGAGUCGAGUACACACUCAAUCCAUUGCAUAUGGCAAUAAUCUAGACACUGUAAGAAGGAAGAUUUUAGCCUUGCUAAUGAAAACUAGUAGACUGAACACACUUGUAGAUAAUCUGCAGGUUACGACAGCCUUUGGUGAAGAUAAAAGUAAAGAAGGUUCUACUGAUAUGUCAACUAAUGAUAAAUGGCGUGAAUGUUCAUUAAGUGUACUGGAAAACAAUGGAUCAGAAGUAAAUUGUAAUAUACCAUGCAAGGAAAAUUGUGAAGCAUCUGAUGAAGAUAACACAGAAUACAGAUCGGACAAUGAAUGUUGCAGCGGUGAUGCUAAUAUCCAUAAUCAUCCCUUAAACAAUGUUGAUGACAGGAAAGUACCACCACUUACUCAUAACGCAGUAAAAUGUAAUGUGUCAAACAUUAACCCUUACGAGCCUAUCAGUGAACAAAAUGAUACAAAGUACUUUAAAAAGUUGGGAAAUAAUAGUGAUACCUUACAAGUUCCACAUGCUUUCACUUCAACAAAUAAAUAUCGGAUUUCCAAUAGUGAUGGAAGUAUUCAAAAUGAAAGCGAAAUCGAACAAGACAGCCCAGUACAUACAUGUAACAAGAAAAACAGCGCUGAACGUUCGUCCGAAAGGAAAACUGGUAACAUACCUAAGUUACAUACAAGGAUUCGUAAAAAUGAAUAUUGCUUUAAAAGUAAAACUACAAAUAUACAGAACGACAACCGUGUUACCUUUCAUAAUAACCAGGAAAGUAUUGGAGGGAAAAUUGAUAAAAACUUUUUCAGUAUGGACCCUCAAAGACAAGAAUCGAUUGUACCAAAUAUAGAACCGACAGAACAAAUCACAGAUGAUGUAAAACCAAUGAUGACCUCAGCAACAUCAUACAGUUCCUUCAGUCGAGGAGAAAGAAGGAGACAAGAGGAGGACAUUUAUGGUGACAGACUUUUCGAUGCUGAUCAACCCAAAACUGUUAGAGAAUGGUAUCAGUAUUCCAAACAAAUCAAAGCAUAUGCUUCAGCUAGAGUAAGAUCAGGGGCAGUGAAAGUGGGACGAGCGCAUGACGUCAUUUUGGUAUUAGAUACAUCUGAACGUAUGACAGGGUAUUUCCAGAAGUUGAAAUCAGCUGCUCUACAGUAUGUGUAUGGAAUUCAAUGUGGCGGGAUGGAAAAUGGUAUUGGUUUAGCAGUGUUUGGACGACAAACCCGACUUAUUCAGGAAUCAACGAUUGAUUAUGAAUUAAUCAUAGAAUUGAUAAGACAAUUACGACCGGAUGGAGAUGCACCAAUAAUAGCUGGACUUCUGAUGGGUUAUGCUGGUGUUUCCGCAUGUAAUUCGGGCAGAUUUCAAGAUGUUGUUAUACGGGCCCAUAUGAUUGUUUUCACUAAUGGAUCGUCAGAACAAUGUAAAGUUUCUUCUGAAAAUAAAGACAAUUAUAUUUUUGCAUUACAGAAUGAUCGAGUACCUUCCGACGUUAAUGGUGUAAUUGAAAAGUUAACUUCUUCCACUACAAGAAUAUUCUAUGUUCCUGUUGGCGGAGAUCAGUGCAACAGUAUUUUAGAACAAGCUGUAAGGAAAACAAAUGGAAAAAUUAUACAAGACAAUGAAAUGAAUCGCUUGAUCAGAAUGUCACGAGUUAUGCUUCAUGCAAUUACUAUAGCAUCAGAUAUACGAUAUACAAAGAAUCAUAGCAGAGAUGAUAUUAGAAGGAUGAUAUCAAACCGAUCAGAUUUUCAUGAUACACACGAUGACUGUCUAGAUAUGGUGCAAGAUUAUAGCAACCCUUUAAAGUUUUUUAAUAACCGAGGUCUAUAUAUGGAGAUACAGUGUAACACACUUAAACUAGGAGAUAGAGUAAGACGAGGGCCAGAUUGGACUUGGGAUGAUCAAGAUCUAGGUCUACCAGGAACAGUUGUUGGACGGAAUCGAGACAGCUCGCUAUUCAAUAAAGCAUGGGUUCUAGUUGAAUGGGAUCAUGGAAAACAUGUAUAUCCCUAUAUGUAUGAUGAACAGAUGGAUACAUUUCACAUAAAAAAAGUCAAUGAACCUAGAAUUCUGGUCGAUGAGAUGAUAGCAGUUGGUUGUAGAGUUGUCAGAGGUCUUAACUGGAAAUAUGGAGACCAUGAUGGAGGUAUAGGGACGUUAGGAACAGUAUUGAACCUGAACGAAGAAGGGAAAGUAGUUGUCAGAUGGGACAGGGAAAAUGUAGGCAUAUAUAAAUUUGGAUGUAAUGGACUUUUUGAAGUGAAGCUGUGUGAUGAUUUGUCAAACAGUGCAAGUAGAAUGUCAUAUGUGGAAAGCAAAAGGUCUGUUCAUUCUGAACAAAGGUUUAGGCACACAGAACCUGGAAAAUAUCGAAAUACUUUAGAAACUAUGUUCACAAAUGAAUGUGAUAAAGAGGACUAUCUUAUUCCUUUAUAUUCAGAUACUUCAGUCAGUGCCAUUUGGGAAUACCAAAAAGGUUCACAAUGGAUGAAAUAUCCAUCCGGAAUAAAUGUGAAGAUUGAAAAAGCAUAUCAGAGGAAGAAAACAGGAAAAAUCACUAUCGAAAUGGACCGUACGACAUACAUAGUCAAUUUUUCAAGAAUGAUACAGGCAAACGCCAAUAACAAAACAGAAAUGGCUGUAAGAAGGAAAGAUUGAUGACUACUUAUUACAGUGACUAAACCAACCAUAUGGGUUUCCCGGUCCGCUAUAAGUACACAUCAAAGUAUCAGCAGUACAGAUAAUGAAGUGAAACUAAAAAUAACAGUUAGAUGAAACAGUACGCUAUGCUAACAGACAAUUACUUUAGUCGCCAAAAACUGCCAACAAAGUCCAACACCGUGUAAUAUAUUGGAAUGUAGAAUUAUUUGCAUGCAUCUGCAAUAUUUGUAUUUGUAUUUCUUAACUGUAUUUAUCUUUAAACAAAAACUUCAAAUCACAUUUUCCUUCGUAUUUAUGACAUUCAUUCUUCUAUUUACAUAUAUUUAUACUAAAUGGCAUUUUCCUUCGUUCGUAUGUACAAAUUCGUAUGAGGUUAUAAUGAACUUUAUUUUAUCUUCCUUGUGUACGAAAUCGGUUAUAAUGAACUUCAUUCGAUUAGGUAAUGACAACCUUUAUCUUCGAGAAACAAAGUUAUUUCAGAUAUUACAUAUAGAAUCCUCUGAUUUUGUAUGCUCGUUGAUAACACAAAGUCUCCCAAACUCUAUACUGGAGUAAAUUGCAAAUAAAAUCUUUGCAACCCCGAUUGCAGUCAAAUCCCUAUUGAAGAGUCAAUAAAAAUUACCAAAGGCAUGUUGUAUUUCUAAUGUACAUCUGAAAAACAAUUUUGAUCUUAAACGUUUAUUUGAACCGAACAGCUCUUAAAAUACUAAACAAUAAACACUUGACUUGAGAAUUGCCUCAUUGGCAAUUAUACCACAUCAACGUAUUUACGUAUUAUCCACUGCGGUAAAGUCAGUACUGUUCAGACAACUCGCUUGCAGUCAAUUUAGAUCUGUUCAGUUAUGUUCAUGCUGUCCAGUAGUUGUUAUUUACCUAUACGUAAGUCUAAAAAUUGACCGAAACAUUUAUUGUUCAGACCUUUCAGACGAUUAAAACGACCGUUUAAGACUAAAGUUCGUUUACUAGUGACGUAUUUUAUACCAUUUUGAGAACAAUUGUGAAUGCUCUAUCAUACAAAAGUACGUACAUCCUAUGCCAAAGAAAUUCUCGCUUUUAUAUUAACUGAACGUUACCACACAUAAUGCGUGUACAUGCAAACUAUCAUCUCAAAAUUAUCUACUAUUCUUAGUCAUGUGGUUAACGUUAGGUUAAAAGGAGGUUAAAUGUAAAAGUAGCUAAAUAUUAAAAGGGUUGUAGUUUGAACUGUUAUUCCCUAUUGUGCCCAAUUCUCUAAUGUUACAUGUUGACUGAGUGUGAAUUUGCAUGGCGGGUGAUGAAUACAAAGUAGGAAACGUUUAACCUGUUGACGCACCCGUCUCGCACCUUUUGAAGUCCAUGCGAUUCACUCAGUUUUUGUUUGUUACUUUAUUUGUAUCUUCUUACUCGAUUUAUGAAAUUUGAACAUCGGUUAACUACUAUUGUCUAAAUAUAUUCAUGAAAGAUUAUUAUUUGGUCUAUUUCAAUCCCUAAGUUCUAAACGGCAUUCAUAUUUAGUUAGCAGAGAAAUCCAACAUAAUUUAUAUAUUAGACAUGAAAAGAAUUUUGAAUGGCUUACUCGGUGGAGUCAGGGGGAAAUAUUUAUUUUCAGAAGUAAAGGACUUUUCCCAAUGCCAUUGUAUAUGGAUUUUCUUCUAAUGAACAUACGACCAUAGUUCUAAUCCAACAAUGUAAUAACAUAAACAAAAUGUAUCGCUACCAAAAACCAACCUCAUUUUAACUACAUUUAAUUUAUAAAAGACAUGAUUGAAUA